GUAGAAUAUUUACCUUUAUUCCAGUAUCUAACCUCAUCUAUAUGGACGGGAAACAUAGAGAUAAGAUAGAUGCUGAGGAUAUCCAGGAGGUUCUAGCCUACCUGGAGCCUCUCAUACGAGGUCGUCUUGUUCAACCGAACCAGGAGGAACUUCUUCAAUCCUUUAAAGAAACGGAUGGAGGUUGGGGUCAUUGUAAGUUUAUGGAGGUGAUGAGAACCCGCCUGAAGAGAGAGAUGGGAGACAUGGUCAGAAUGGAAGUGAUGAAGGUUGUACAGACUGGAGAACUGACUCCGAUAUCCAUGCAAACCAUAGCUCCGCAAGCAUUGAAGAGAAUAAUGGAGAGCUCCGAGUGGAGAAGUUUGGUAAGUAAAACCUCUUCUGAGGUUCAUAGAGAGAGCUUAGUAGCAGCGGAUAAUAUUAGGAUGGAUUGGAAAGUUUCAAAUAAACCAGGAUUAGGAGAUAGUUUAGGAUCAACCUGGAACCAGUCAAACUUCGUCUUCAUGCAGGAGGAGCAGAUUAAACAGGUUGUACUACAGGUCUCAGGAGGAGAUGGAGAUCAAGCCAGGAUUCAAGCUCUCAACACUCUUCUCCAAACACAGGUCACGGAUUUGAUCGGAGGAGAACAUUGGAGUAAACUAAAAACUGGAUUAAGAAAAGCACUUGCAUCAACAGAUAUGAAAAUAUGUAUUCUUGCUCUCCGGGUUCAUUCCAGAAUACUGUUCAGCUCAUCACAUUUUGGGGUUAAAGAGUCGUAUACUAAUCUUAUAGAAACUGUUCUAGGUUGGUACAAUGAUAGAAAAUACCUGAACCUUCUCCCUGUAACCGAGCUACGUGAAAACUAUCCUCUACAUCACAACCUUGUAGCAGUUCUAUCUCUGAUAUGUGCGGAGAGCAGAGAACUUCCAAGAUCAUGGAUACGAUAUCCAAAAAAAUACGUGAGUGAGAUGAUAGAUAAAAUGAUAGAACUGAUCUCCUGUAGAUCGGAGAUAGUUCUCUCUCCGGCUCAUAUUUUAGCAGUUCUUGACCCUAAUAUAACCUGGAUAACAGAGUGGUUUCACACAUUUCUGUCCAGGUCCUGUUUUCUUGUCAAGCUCUCUAAACAAACUCGAUACCUGUCAAGUAUUGUGGAGAACCUUCUAGAGAGAAUGGAAACAAAGGAGUUUAUGAGCUGGCAGGAGACAGGAAAGGAUGAGAACAAUAUACAAGACGAAACCUCUCAACUCAUAUCCGGAGAAACAAUAGAGUAUAUGAUAUUCACAUACAACCUUAGGUUUAUAUCCAAGAUUAUUUCGUAUAUACACGGACGGGACCUUAUAUCAAGAGGGUCUUCUCUCAUAUCAUCAAUGUCAAAUUUCCUAUUUAUGGAUAGACUAGCAACUGAUCCAGGACGCAUUGUCUCGAACUGUUUGAAGCAAAUAUUUGAAUCCAAUCCAAAGUUAUAUCACGAAGAUAUUACGUCAAUGAUAGAUCGGCUGUGUGGUUCCCAAUUAGAGUUAGAAACUAUAAAAAAUGUUGUUAACUCUGUCCCGUUGAUAAGUCUAGAACUAGACCGUGUCCCAAAACUAUUGCAGUUCUUGUUGGAUUCUGUUGAGAAGGAUUCCGAGGAUAUCUUGUUCUCCUUGACCCUGGAACUCCUCCAGUCUCUGUUACAUCAGCUUCCGGUCAGAACCUUAACCAUCUUUCAAGCAUUGUGUCAGGCAGUUUUCAAUAUAGGCAUGAUCCGGAGCCUGGAACCCAGGGAGCAGGACGCGUUGUCAGAUUUAUACAGAUCUGUUGGUUUCUUCUCAUCCCAACCUGAAGGUUUGGUUCAACAACCAGACAUCAAUCUUUUGCAAUUCAUGAAUUCACCAGGUUUAGAGGAGGAGAUGAAAAUUCUCUGGACAUUUAUUUCCGGAGACAAGGAUCCUGGAAGACAAGGGUUCGGAGACUUUGAAGACGAUAUAAACCAAAUCCUGACCAGGAUCGGUCAAGCAAUUCUGUCCAGAAACUCGAUCAAGGAUUGCUGGAUUUUAUUUGAUUUCCAGGAUGAAAGAAUGGAGAAUGAUGUUUAUCUAACCAGUGUUCUAAGAUUAUUAAUCAUUGGUUCAACUAAAACUGAUCUUAAGGUGGAGAUGAAUAUCCUAGGUUUAAAAGAGCAGGCGGAGCAAGAGCUAAAUACUUGUUUCACGGAGGAGGAUGUUAUUCUAGAUGAGAAAUAUUUUCUCCUAAAAUAUCUUCUGCUAGUCCUGGAAGGUAUUGCUGGUCCAACGGAGAAAAACCUACCUGAGAUAACGAAUCCAAUCCUGGAACUCAAGCCUAAGAUAAAUGAUAAACCUUGUCGAACCCCAAUCGUUCCGUCUAAACAUCUUCUCCAGCUUAUAGACUGGGUUAGGAAAGAGUCCUUGUAUGAUAUUGGAUGGAUUGAUGAAUCUCGAACUUUACUCCGAAGCGUGCUAGUCCACACAACCUGCUCCUUAGAACCGGGUUUAGUUAGUCUCCUUCUCCAGGGAUACACUAAAUCCUCAGCAAUAGAACACUUUGAAACUAUCUCUGAAGAUCUCUCCGAGAAUGAACUCAGCCUGUGGAGCAUGAUCCAUGAGUACGGUCGGAGAACACUAGACCUGGAGACAGACAAGGAAACCUUGAUCAAGGUUGCUCAGUAUGGUUUAUCCUUAUCUGGGAAUAGUUGUUUUAUUGGAACCUUGUUCCUAAUGGCAGGUGGAGACGAAACCUUGUCUUGUGAUCUAGUUUCAUCCUUGGCUGGAACUAUGCUGUGGAACGCCUAUGCGAACAAGAAGCUAGGAGACUGCGUAGAGUGGAUUCUCAGAGAAGAAGCUGCCAGGAUAUUUGUUAGAUUAGAUAGUUCUAAUAUAUCUCCAGCUGUUAUAGCUAAUUUAUGGAUUCAACAAAACUUCCUCUCAAUCCUUGACUUUCAGGAUCUGGUCUCCUGUAUGCUGGUCUGGAUCCUACAAGGAGCUGAUUAUCUAGUCUAUACAAUAGUAUCAUACUUCUCUCACGUUCUCUCCGGACUAGAGAAUAUUGGAACCUACCAGCUCCAGGAUAUAUUAACCUAUAGGAAAACUAACUUUAAACCUGGAGAUUAUCUUUCAUUCAUGGAAACCCUGGCUAGUAAACACAGGAACACUGUACUUAAAUUUUUAGCUACUUCGGACCAAUAAAAUCAUUUCAUUUUUAAA